AACGAGCGAGGAUCCCAGUGCUAUUGAAACAGUUCAAAACAAAUUCACGAGCCCCGUCAUUCAAUAUGGCUUCUCUUCUCAAAGGUGCAGCAGGUGCAGCAAAGGAGACCACCAACAUCGUUAUCGAUUUGAACAAGGAAAUAGAAAAGCUAUUCAGCAACCUUGCGGAACAACCGCAACAGGUCCUUCAUGUCUAUUCGUGGAGUGAUCAGACCAAGACCAUUCAGGAAAAAUCAUGUAUUGCAUUCAAGAAUGCGGACAUGUCCACGACCAAGCUCUCCGACAUCCGAGAACUCCUGGUUACCGAGGGGGUCCUGGAGCCGACUUUGGUGUGGAGCUCCUUCUGUAAUCAGCGAGGUGCCAAGAUCCUCGAUACUACAAGCUUCAAGGCAUACCUCGGUAUAUUGAAUGAGAAGUCAAGCGAAGUUGGAGACAUUGCGGAAGACAACGCCGACAGCUACAGGGUUUACCUCAAGUCGGAAAAGAUCAUUGAUUAUGAUCAUAUCCGAGCUCUCUCCAGCCGAGGUGCUAAGGUAUCGAUUGACAAGAAAGUCCCGGAGCUGCCGCCAGCUUCCCAGCCGAAGGCCCCAGAGCUGCCCACCAGCUUCAGCCACAAUAUCUUUCUGAAUCCAACCACGACCUUUAGCAUUGUUCAUGCUGCGGACAUGUCAGAGACGCAAUGGAGUGUCGUCAUUCGCAACAAUUCUCUGCUGAAUGCGUACCGAGUGAUUGACGCAGGAGGAAAGAUCGGAAGAAUAGUGGAGCGUUCAAUGCAUACCGCCUUUGCCCUCAAACCACGUCUGUUCCAGAACUAUCAGAUCUCUGCCAGCGCGGCCUCCGACUCUAUCGCUAAGCAGAAGCAAACGCUUCGCAUCCCUCGAUUCCGCAUUGAAGACGAUUCAUACAUUGAGCAGUUCGAGAAGACGAAGUCUGUCUCUCGAGCCAUCGCCCAGAGCUCCCUGUCACAGCUCGCAGCGGAGUUGGCUGUUGAGGGUGGAGCGUUCGGUGUAAGCGCAAGUCUCUCUGCCAGCUACGGUGAAGAUAAUUCAUCCUCAUCGUCGUCGAGCUCGAGUGAUGACACUCGCGUCAUGUCUAUUACCUACAAUUUCCCACGAGCUGUGAUCGAUUUUGAUCGUUACAGCCUUGACCUUUCCGAGGAGUGUCAACUCGAUCUCGCAUCUGUCGACUCGGUCGCUGCCAUCGAUAACUUCAAAGACAAAUACGGCCGCUUCUUCCCCACCCGCAUCGAGCUGGGUGGAAGACUUCAUUCCUCCGAAGAAUCCACCGCCUCGACGACUGCUGGAAAAGCCGAACAAGCCAAGUCUAUGCGUGCGGCCGCGGCGCUCUCGUUCUCAUCGCCCUACGUGCAGGCAUCGGCGAAUAUGAGCUAUGCUCAAUCGUCCGACUCCAGCUCCCAGAACACCGGAGCCUCUACUAGCAAGUCUGUUUGCUGGGAAGCCAAGGGUGGUGAUACCCUGUUGUGCAAUGAUCCCCCUGCGUGGGCAUACACGGUUGGAUCUUUCUACAACUGGCGAACUGUUAAGCAAUCGCGUGUCCUCUCCAUUGAAGACGUGAUCUCCACCAUCCCUGGAUAUCAGGGCACCAAGCAGAAGUUCGCCGAUAUCUUGCGCGACGAAAGUCAAAUCAAGCCCACCACCUCCCAAACCACAAUCGGAUUCACUUUGACAAUGCGCAACCAGAAGAUGUUUACUGCGCCGCAAAACUCGGAUGGUGGCAAAUUCACACAAACUGUCUACGAUCUCGCCAAGACCAAGGUGAUGACAGAAGAACGCAUGGCGUAUCUAAACAAGUUGAUUCCAUCUAUCGAGGGAGCGGCUCCAGUGAAGCUGCUGGCAAACGACAACUCGACGAACCAGAAGUUCUACGUUAAUGUCGAGACCACAAACACCAAUGAAGACAAACAGGUAUGCCUCUUUUGUCUACUGACGUCGUGCUCAAUUAUUUUUCAGUUUUUUGUUAAUCAACCGGUUCUGUUAUGCAGCUCAAAUAUAACCACCCCUACCGCAUUUACAACAAGACCAACACCGGCGACGGGCGGAGCACCUGGCUGGCCACCAGCUCCAUCCUACGUGGCUUUAUAGACACCGGCAUUAUCUGGGCUGGUAGGCUUGAAAACGCUACAACGUUUCAACUGUUCUAUCCGGGUGUCGGAAACCAUUCUCCGUACGUGCAGAACGGUGAUGAGGUCUAUCUUCAACUGUUUGACAAGGACGGGAAGGACUAUGGUUACGGAGAGCGCAUUCUGAACCCCCCGGACUGUUUCGGCCUGGAUUGGGACAUCAAGACAAAUCCCGAUCAUUGGCUCUUGAAGGUCAACUACGUUUGAGGGGUGGUCGGGGGCCUAGGAAGCGAAUGAGGCAAAGAAUGAGGGGUUGUCAGUCUGUUGUUGGAAUCAUUAGCUUGUUACCUCGGAAAAAUAUUCGAUCGAAAUUUCAUAUAGUUGAAUGGACAUGCUUUUGAACCAAUAUUUGAUUUUAUGUAGGCAACACUGCCUCCAUGCAUAAGACAUCAAUCUUGGAUCCCAGUAAUUAGUACAGUCCUUGUAUUUAUCAGUGGUCUCUUGCAGUUAAUGAUCAAGCCGUCCAA